AUGAUGCCGCUCUGUCUCACUUUCAUUAACUUGAAGAAGGCCUUCGACUCAGUUGAGACGGAAGCGGUCAUGGAAGCCUUGGACAACCAAGGCGUCCUUACUCAGUACAUAAAGGUACUUCGAGAGUUGUACAGCAUCUUUACGACCGGAAUUUCGCCAUUCUACAAGAAUAUCUUCAUUGACGUGAAGAAGGGGGUCGGACAGGGUGAUACAAUCUCACCCAACAUAUUCACAGCCAUCCUCGAGAACACAAUGCGAAUGUUGGAAUGGGACGAUAUUGGACUGGAGGUUGAUGGUCGGCAGCUACAUCAUUUGCGCUUUGCUGAUGACAUCGUACUGAUAACACCUAGCGUCAACCAAGCGGAACGAAUGCUGACCGAAUUCGACGGAACAUGUGGGUGCAUUGGUCUCCAGCUGAAUCUACAAAAGACGAUGUUCAUGCGGAGCGGAUGUAUCUCGGAUGCCCCAUUCACGCUCAACGGAACGAAUAUAUCCGAAUGCACCAGCUAUGUUUAUCUGGGUCGGGAAUUGAACAUGAUGAGCGACCCGACCCCCGAGCUGGCAGGAGGAGACCAGCGGCUUGGGGAGCGUACAAGAGCAUCGAGGUAG